AUGGCCGAAGCCAAGAUUCAAGAACCUCGAAAUGUUACUUUUAGAUGCAAGAGACUCGGUAACACAUUCGAGCUCCACAGCAACAUGCCCCCUUCAAAGGCUUCACAAAUUUUCCGCCGAUCGAGACAGUGGGCUAAAUUACAGCAUAUCGAAUCUCACUUGGCCCACCAUCAAGGCUACGUCUGGCCCUUAGAGCCCUUGCAAAACUUCUACUCCAAUCCAGAAAUAGACACACUCUGUCCCGUUAUGGAACAGGAGUGGACAUCAGAGGCGUUUUACACACUCUGCGAAGUAAUGAAAAUCAUCAAAGUGUCUAAAAUUGCUAUCAGUGACUGCACACAUGCCGAAUAUGCUCGCAGGAGCUUAUGGGGGACCUUCUACACCAUGUCGAAUAUCGAAAAUUGGAGUUCAAGCUUCAGACAUAUCAUAAUGUAUACAACGAAACGAAGCUUUGACGAGCAUUAUAGACCAAAAUUUAUGCCAUACGACGGCAGCAAAAUUACUCUAAACACGUACCAAAGCAAGGCUAGGAGCAUUCAAAUGCAUCAUGCCAGACAGAUGUUGAAGAAACUCAUUGCCAUGAAAGAUGCUCAAGACGUGGCAGACAAAGAGGCUGAGCGUGAUGGCGAAGGGAGAACAAUGGUGGAAGGAAUUCCGGCCUGGUUAUUCGAAGAGCUGUUCCAGGUAGAUCUAGAGUUGAAAACGAUGCUAGAGGUUAGAUCUCUUCAUCCUGAGAUUAGAGAAGAUAAAAGAGGUGGAGCUGGCGAUGAAGGAAGUGACGAGGAUGAAGAUGAGGAGCUAGAGCUAGACGAGGGCAUUGAAGACGAAAACAGUGAUGACUAUGACACUGACAAUGAAGAGGAGGCAAGACAGUCACAAAAAAAUCAAAUUCAUAUAAUUUUUAAAAAUUCAUUGCGUCACACAUCGCAGAAAAAUAUAGUCUCCUAA